AACUACUUAAAUUACAUACUCCCACCCGAACAAAUACUGCCUUCGCUGCUAACUUUAAUCACAAGUUCGAAAUCUCAACGAAGAAGAAGAAAUUUUUUCUCGAAGCUCAAAGGAUUUUCAUCUAAACCCAUAACGGAAGAUGUUUCUUACAAGGACCGAGUAUGAUAGAGGGGUGAAUACUUUCUCACCUGAAGGUAGAUUGUUUCAGGUUGAGUAUGCAAUUGAAGCUAUUAAGCUUGGGUCCACGGCAAUUGGGAUAAAGACUAAAGAAGGAGUAGUGCUUGCUGUUGAGAAACGUAUCACUUCGCCAUUACUGGAGCCUAGUAGUGUGGAGAAAAUCAUGGAAAUCGAUGAGCAUGUAGGCUGUGCAAUGAGUGGACUAAUUGCUGAUGCUCGUACACUUGUUGAUCAUGGGCGAGUUGAAACUCAGAACCAUAGGUUCUCAUAUGGUGAGCCCAUGACUGUUGAAUCCACAACUCAAGCUUUAUGUGAUCUUGCACUACGAUUUGGUGAAGGUGAAGAAGAGUCCAUGUCUCGGCCUUUUGGUGUGUCACUUCUCAUUGCUGGUCAUGACGAAAAUGGGCCAAGCCUAUACUAUACAGACCCGUCUGGCACAUUUUGGCAGUGCAAUGCGAAAGCAAUAGGAUCGGGUUCUGAGGGGGCAGACAGCUCUUUGCAGGAGCAGUUCAACAAGGAUAUGACACUUCUAGAAGCCGAAACAGCUGCUCUUUCAAUCUUGAAGCAAGUUAUGGAAGAGAAGGUGACUCCCAACAAUGUUGACAUUGCAAAAGUUGCUCCAAAGUACCAUUUGUAUUCUCCUUCCGAGGUGGAGGCUGUCAUAGCUCGAUUAUAGAAAGAAAACCCUUGAUCCUUCCCACUGCCAAGGUUUUCCUGUCUUGCAUCCCACCGUCAAUGAUUUUCCUGCUUGCAUCCCACCGCCUUCAUGUAAUGACUUCAUUAGGAGAUAAACUUCAUUGUGGUAUGGUUACUAGACACAUGGAACCUAGUCCCUUCUCUUUGCCAAGGUUUUCCUGUCUUACUUAGCGUGGCCUUCAUGUAAUGACAUCUUUAGGAGAAACUUCAUUGUGAUCUGGUUAUUAGACCAUGGAACCUACUCCCUUAAGAUAUUUUUUAAAUUACUUUUUUGUUGGAGUAGAGUUCCUCUUGUAUUCUGACAGAUAUACUCUGGUAUUCUUGAUUAUGAGUGUCAGAUUUUAAAAUCACUUGGUCGACAUGAAAACAUUGGAAGUUGAGAUUCCUUUAAAAAAAUUAUGAUGCUUAUAA